AUGAAUGAUAUUAAUGCCAGGCUGUCUUAUUUGGAUGACACUCAGGAGAUGUUGGCCUAUUCUCAAAAGCGUUCCUCCGUUAGGGAUGAUUUCAAAAGAUUUUUGAAACAAUUGCCGCAUUCCCCCGUAAUUGGAGAUGGUACUCCGGAGGAUAUUCGAAAAUACCUGGUUUUUAAGGACUCAUGUGGUAAGACACAGGUUCAUGUUCUAUUGUGUCCAAAUAUGGGAAAGACUGGUUUACAACGUUGUCUUUGUCCGAGGAGGUUGGCUUCAGGGACAGUUGCUGGAAUUGUACAACAUCUAAAGAGCGUUUACGAAUUUAUUGGGAAGGGUAGGAUUUGGUUCCCUCAUGACAAUACGGGUAAUCCUGCAUGUGCUCCAGAGGUCAGAUUGUUCCUCAAGGCUAUCAAGGUGGAGCAGGCUUCUAGCCAUGUUCUGCCAAAACAAUCGAAACCUUUGUUUGUUAGAAAGCUUAGGCUACUCUCCAUAUUUAUCCGUAGCCGUCUUGAUGACCUGAGUAUCUCCUCUAGGGACAGAUUUAUAUUUGCUCGUGACCAGGCAUUCUUUAAGAUUCAGUUUUUUGGGGGUGAUAGGGCUGGUGAUUUGACCCUUACUAAAUUGCAAGAGGUCAAACAAUUGCCGGGGGAUGAUGGGGUUUUGCUUUCUCAUUCCUUUGGGAAAACAUUAAGGGGUGAUGGGAAGGUUAAUUGUUUCGCAUUGAAACCUUGUGAGGAUCAUGUCAUCUGCCCUGUUCGGGGGUUGCAACUUUAUUUUUCGACAAUGAAAGGCUUGGGUGUUUUUUCGAGACACAGGGUACCUUUUCAGGACCAUUUCUGAACGUGAAGUGGUUUCGCUGGAUCAUGUCAGUUAUUCGGCAAUUUAUGACAGACUGAAGUAUUACUUGAGAUCUUUAUCAAUGGAUGAGGGGGAAACGCCGCACAGUAUUCGAGGGGGGUGUGCCAUUUCUUACAUGUUGUCAGGUGCGGCAGCAACACCAUCAGAUGUCAUGAAACAUGUGGGUUGGUUUACGGAGAAAAGUUCAGAGAGAUAAACAAGAGCAAAUAUAUUAACAGAUUUAGGCGUUGUUUCGGGUUCUUUUUCCAACCAUUUAGGUAGCGCUUCAGCUUCGGAUAUAGAGUCUAAAUUUAAGAAAUAUGGGGAUGUUUCUAGUUUUGAUAGCUAUCAGUGAUGUAUAUAUGUUAUUUAAUAAACUCAUUUUCUUGAUAUACUCUGCCAUGAAUGGUAGGUGCCUGUUUUAUUAUGUAGAGUGUUUUUCACUGACUGUUCAUGCUUGGGCCAUGCUACUUUUCAAGAAAUAUACGUCAUACUAUUUC